UAUUGGUUAUUGCGAGAGAAAUAUCGGCACUGUAAAUGGAAGGAAAGAAAUAAUCCUUCAUCACUGAUAAUACUAAAAUCAAUCCCUAUUUUUAGCAUCACAUUCAUAAAUCAAUUGUUUUCCAUCACCAUCAUUCUUCGUUUUCAAUUAUUGAUUCAUUUUAAUUACACUUUUCACAUUUAAUUCUCAUCAUAAUUUCGCAUUGCUUCGUUUCAUUGUGAUCUCAAAUAUCUGAUUCUCGAUCAACAGUUUUAUGCAUCCAUGGCGUUUGAUCAAAAUUCCGUUCCAAAAGAUCUACGCGUAUUGAACGUUGCUCCGAUAAUGAUGGAGGAGCCACUCAUUUCUCCGGCAAGCGUCACCUCGCCGCCGACUCCAGAUUCAGUUUCCGAUUAUUUCUAUCAACCGUCGGUCUCGUCCCCCGCAACGUCAGGAACCUGGUGCGUUCGUCCCAUUGGAUUAAACUAUGGCUCUAGUUUUGGGAACCGUGUUGUUGCUGGGAAUGUAUUGAAUUUAGGAAAUUGGGUAGGGGGUGCAAAUAGUAAUAAUCACAAUAAUAAUAAUAAUAAUAAUAAUAAUAAUAAUAAUAAUAAUAAUAGUUUGCAUAAGGUUGUUAAUGAUGGUGUAACUGUGAAUGUAAAUGGUUAUACUUAUGGUGGUAAUGGUGGAACUAGGUCUGUUGACGAGACCAGCGAUGAUUCAAAUUCGGGUAGGAAAGUUAAGUUUUUGUGUAGUUUUGGUGGGAAGAUUUUGCCUAGGCCUAGUGAUGGCGUGUUGAGAUAUGUUGGUGGACAAACAAGGAUAAUUAGUGUUAAGAAAAAUGUGAGUUUUAAUGAUUUGGUGCAGAAAAUGGUUGAUACUUACGGACAACCUGUAGCUAUUAAGUAUCAGUUACCUGAGGAGGAUCUCGAUGCUUUGGUUUCGAUUGCUUGUCCCGAUGAUGUUGAGAAUAUGAUGGAGGAGUAUGGGAAAUUGGUCGAGAGAUCUCCUGAUGGUUCUGCUAAAUUGAGGGUUUUUUUGUUUCCGUUUUCGGAGGUUGAUGUUACCGGUGGAGAGCAGCUUGGGGAUUUGCAGGAUACGGGGCAGAAGUAUUUUGAUGCUGUGAAUGGUCUUGUUGAUGGGAAUGGGGUGGUUUGUGGUGGGUUCAAGAGUAAGGAGAGUGUUACUAGUGCGGCUUCAACACAAAAUUCUGAUUUGAGUGGGAUAGAUUCUAUUGAUAGCCCAGUUGUCGGUCAAGGGGAUUCAACGCCUUAUGUUUUAUCGCCUAGAGAGAAUGUGGCGGGUUCUCCGGACACAAGUGCAGGUUUUUUGGUUUCUGAGUCUUGUACACCAGUUUACUCAGGUGCUUCGCCUGUUUCAUUUGGCAUGUCUGUGGCUAAGACUGGUCCAAAUCACAAUCCAUAUAUUCAUAAUGAGGUUGAAUUAGAAAAGUCUGUGCCUGUUGCUUUAUCGCAGCAGCCAUAUGAGUUGCACCAAUCUAGAAUGGAAAUCCCACCUCCCUCACCUUAUCUGAACCACACAGAAUCUAGAAUGGAAAUCCCACCUCCCUCACCUUAUCCGAACCACACAGAAUCUAGAAUGGAAAUCCCACCUCCCUCACCUUAUCUGAACCACGCAGAGUAUGUUCAGCUGCCUCCCCAGAUGGGGUUCCCAAAUCAUCAGCUUUUAGGAAAGACGGGGCCUGUUUUCACCCAACAACAGUUUCAUAAUAAUGCUUCCGGUUUAGCUUUCCAUCAGGCCAUCCCCGGAGCACAAAUGACAAUGACUCAACCUUCUUCUCGUCUUGGUAUAAGAUCAAACGUCAUCCAGCCACAACCAUUUAUGCAACCGCAGCACAAUCAUCUGAACCAAUAUAGUGACGAAAAUACAUCAGGCAUAAGGAUUGUCCAGCUUCCUGCGGAACACAACUACAAUACAUAUCAGGUUCCAGUGAAUCAAGUUCCAUCUAUCAUAGUUGGGGGUAAUUGCAGCUGGGUUCAGGUUCCUCCACAAGAGCAUGUUGUUUUCUCUGAUGGGUUAUUACCUCAACAGCAAGUUAUUACCCCAGAGCAAAUCCACAGAGCUGAGGGCUGUUCUAUGUGUCAGAAAAAGCUGCCUCAUGCCCAUUCAGAUCCAGUGGUUCAGGAUCAACACGAUGGCAGUUCGAGUCCAGUUAAUGAUUCAAGCCCAAGCUACAAUAGUUUUCCGAUGGAGGACAACAUAAAAGCGCAAGCAACAAUGAGGGUUGAGCCUAUGGUGGCAUCACCCUUAAAGGAAGGCGUUGUUGAACAAGGUUUUAGCGCAAGACCAGGUGCCAUUAGCAAAUUGGAAGCUCAUAAUGGAGUAAGACCUUCUACUGAUAAUACUGGGAUUUCUAAUAAUUUUGAGCCUCAACAUGAAGGUGGUAGGAUUUUUAUACAAAAUCCAAAAGAAUUUGAUCAUAGCAUGAAUUCAUGUAUCCAAGAAACGAUUGGUAGGAUAGGUGAAAAACAUUCUUCUGGGGAUGGGCUUGGGGCCAUGGGAACAACACCACCAUCAUAUCCAGGUGAUGUUGGCCACCAGCAUAAGGCACCGGGUGAAACCUGGGUUAAACAAGAUGAGCUUGUGAAUAAAGAUGUCAAUAAUGAUAUACCUAUAGUUGAUGGAACGGCUAUACAUACUUCGGAGUGCAUUGCUCAAGUAUCUCCCAAAGAAUACACUAAUGAGCUUACUGGUGUUGUUUCUAAAUCAGAUGCAGUAGAUAGUUGGAUUAGACAGGGAUAUCUUAGAUCUGUUGAUGGAGGGAAUGACACACUCAAGAUUCACAUGGCAGAAGGUUAUGUAAGUAAUGAUCAAUGCAUGCUUCCAAUUGAUAAACCUUUAGAAGACAACACUCAGAUUGCUGCAGAGGAAGAGGUGAUUCUGGAUAACAACUUUGGCACAUCAAAAUUGAUAGUUGACGCAAAUAAAAUUAAGAUGAUAGGUGUGCAGCCAUGUUCUUCUAAGGAAAUUUCAUCCAGGCACAGUUCCAGGACAGGGGAAUACAUUGAUGUUGCACAACCACCUGUGUUGGACAUUACUCAAUCAAAGAUCGUAAACCAUCACAAGGAUGAUUCAACAUCAUCUACAUCAUCACCAUCUUAUAUGUUUGGGGAUAUGCAGGAUUCUCCAAACUCAGUUUUUGGCUAUCAGGAUCUUUGGAAUAUACAACAAGGAACCUACAAGAAAUCAAAUUUAGAUGCACAAUUGGAUGGCAACCUCUACGAGUCAUUCAAACAGAAUUUAAAUUUUGAAAAUGGUUGGUGUGACAAAGGCUCAAACGAAGACCAACAACUUAAAGUUGUUGCUGAAGAUGUAGCAGCUUCUGUUCUGCACCCAUGUGCUCCUUCAAAUCCUAGCUUGCAAGCCGGAGAUGUUUCCCGUCAUGAAAACAUCGAGGAAGGUGAUGUUCAAAAUAAUCUAAUAGAUGCGAAAUGUAGAGAUAUAACUCAGGAUGUCAAGAGCAACCCACCAGAAAAGGGUAACUUUGGCUUUCCGACAUCUGGUGUCGGACGUCUGCAGAUUAUAAAGAACUGUGACCUUGAAGAGCUGACAGAAUUGGGUUCUGGUACCUUUGGAACUGUUUAUCAUGGAAAAUGGAGGGGAACUGAUGUUGCAAUCAAGCGAAUAACUGAUAGAUGUUUUGCUGGAAAGCCUUCAGAGCAAGAGCGCAUGAGAGAUGACUUCUGGAAUGAGGCAAUCAAGCUUGCUGACUUGCACCAUCCAAAUGUGGUUGCUUUCUACGGUGUUGUACUUGAUGGCCCAGGAGAUUCUGUGGCAACAGUAACUGAGUAUAUGACUAAUGGUUCUCUCCGGACUGCAUUGCAAAAGAGUGAGAGGAAUCUAGACAAGCGCAGACGUCUUUUGAUUGCAAUGGAUGUGGCAUUUGGAAUGGAAUACCUGCAUGGAAAAAACAUAGUACACUUUGACUUGAAAAGCGACAACUUGCUUGUGAAUCUCCGAGAUCCACACCGCCCAAUAUGCAAGGUUGGUGACUUGGGUCUAUCCAAAGUAAAAUGUCAGACACUGAUCUCUGGAGGUGUGAGAGGAACUCUACCAUGGAUGGCUCCGGAAUUGCUGAAUGGAAGCAGUAGCCUUGUAUCAGAGAAGGUUGAUGUCUUUUCAUUUGGUAUUGUGAUGUGGGAACUCUUAACUGGACAAGAGCCAUACGCUGAUUUGCACUAUGGUGCUAUUAUAGGUGGUAUUGUGAGCAACACUUUGCGCCCUCCAAUUCCUCAAUCUUGUGAUCCAGAAUGGAGUUUGCUGAUGGAGAGAUGUUGGUCCUCAGAGCCGUCAGAGAGACCCACCUUCACGGACAUUGCUGAUGAAUUGCGUUCUAUGUCAAUGUCAACUAAACGCCAAAAUCAACAGCUACAACCCUCUUCUUUGCACGCACAACUCAACAAAUGAUUUUUAUUAUGUUCGUUUUAGAUUGUUAUAGAAGCAAAACAGGAGGAUUUGCUUUUUAAUGAAGGAAGUUCUUGCUUUCCAAUUCAUUUUUCCACAACUGUACAGCAUGAUGCUUUAACAUCAGAUUUCUCUCUGGUGUUUAUCAUCCAUUUGACUCACCAAUGCAUUUUGCAGUACGUAUCAUUGAGAGGGGAAGGUUAGGUUGUAUAUUCAUAUUAUUGGUAACCUAUGAACAGAACAUUUUGUUCAUAUUUUGAUAGUAACUUGUUUUAUUGGAUAUUCUAAAAUGUUUAACCAUUUUCACGCAUAUGCAUUGUUAAUUAAUUAA